AUGCAACUCUUAUCUUGGUUCUAUCAAAGACUAGAGCUUGCACGGGCAAGCCUGCCAGAGGCCUUAAGGGUCACACUUAUCCACAAGAGCUUCAAUUUUAGUACUCAGCAAGACAAUAGGGUUCACAUAUUUUUAGCACAACUAAAGGUCAUGUGCUCCAUCUUGUUUGCUCCCAAGGGCUCCAAUUAUUCCAAAUUGGUGCAUCAAGAUCAAAAUAUGGUAGCUCCUAGUAGUGCUCACAAAUUACCAGCACAAUUGGCACAAUUGAUGGCCACAUGCUCCAUCUGUUCACAAAAGUCUAAACAAAUCCAUUUAUUCCAAAUGCCUCCAUUUUUACCAAGGCACAUAUUUGCAACUGAGUUGUCCGAUCAAGGUAUCAAUUCACGUUGGUCAAUGUAUUACCAAAUUGUAAGUUCUACAAGUGAAAUCCUAUGGAUGCAUAGGAAGGAUGACAUUAAUUCCAUUUCACGUUGUACUGUACUAGGCGUGCUAUUAAUUAACUAA